UUCCCAUCACUACUUGAAUCAAGUGCGCAUGCGUGAGAGAUUCUCAACUUGUAGAUGGUCUCGUCCGUCGUAGUGAAAACCCCUUCAGACAGAUAGUUUGGUACAGCCCACCAGUCGCGCGAAAGUUCUGUAACAGCAAUGGCGCCUAAAGCAGGUCGUCGAGGGACGAAGCGCAAAGCGGAAGUUCAGACAGAGGAGGAUAAACCAUCCGUGGAGGAGAAGAAGGACAGAGGAGAGGAGGAGAACGGCCAGGACGGUCAAAGGGUAGUCAUUGAACACUGUAAGAGCUGACGAGUGUAUGGGCGUAAUGCUGAGGAGGUGAAAUCUGCCCUCUUGGCUGCCCACCCUGAACUGACUGUGGUCUUCAACCCUGAGAAACCCCGCAGGAACAGCUUCGAGAUCACUCUGCUGGAUGGAGGCAAAGAAACAUCUCUGUGGACUGGAAUAAAGAAGGGUCCGCCUCGUAAGCUGAAGUUUCCUCAACCUGAUGUUGUAGUUGCUGCUCUACAGGAGGCUCUGAAGGCUGAGUAGAUGCGCAGUGAAGCCAAGAGUUGAGGAGAUGUGAACCAUGGAAGCAGAAUGAUGAGGAGUGACCAAUGGGAUGUUCUCAGUCUCUCCUCUGAUGAUCCAAGCUCCAACAGCUCACAUCUCCUGGACGCAUGGUGACACCUAGUGGAGCCUCUCUGAGCCAAUACAUUUCAUACAAUGCAUACAAUGCUGCUGUUUUUGUAAACUAUUUUUUUCCCCUUAUUUCUCAACAGUUAAUUAUGCUUUUAAAUCAUGUUUUUGGUAAAUAAAUAAAGUGUUUCUUGUUUCUAAA